AUGGAUAUUACCAUCUAUAAGCUGCAAGAAACACUCACGAACAUUGAAAAAGGUCUCAACAGCAUUUAUGCUAAGAUCAACAUGGACAACCUGAGACAGUGUUCAAGCGAUCCUCUCGCCGGCCCGAGGAGUGAAGUAAACGUCCAAGUCUCUAGUGAAAUGUCUUCCAGUGCUGUAAGUGUUGACAUGUCUCAAGCAAGAAUCGACCCCUCCUCCAGUGCUGAAAGUGUUGACAUGUCUCAAGCAAGAAUCGACCCCUCCUCCAGUGCUGAAAGUGUUGACAUGUCUCAAGCAAGAAUCGACCCCUCCUCCAGUGCUGAAAGUGUUGACAUGUCUCAAGCAAGAAUCGACCCCUCCUCCAGUGCUGAAAGUGUUGACAUGUCUCAAGCAAGAAUCGACCCAUCCUCCAGUGCUACGCACGCCAGCCCAUCAGAAGAGCUUCGAGUUCAGACGCACGCCAGCCCAUCAGAAGAGCCUCAAGUUCAGACGCACGCCAGCCCAUCAGAAGAGCUUCGUGUUCAGACGCACGCCAGCCCAUCAGAAGAGCCUCAAGUUCAGACGCACACCAGCCCAUCAGAAGAGCCUCGGGUUCAGACGCACGCCAGCUCAUCAGAAGAGCUUCGAGUUCAGACGCACGCCAGCCUAUCAGAAGAGCCUCGAGCUCAGACGCACGCCAGCCAAUCAGAAGAGCCUCAAGUUCAGACGCACCCCAGCCCAUCAGAAGAGCCUCGAGUUCAGACGCACGCCAGCCAAUCAGAAGAGCCUCUAGUUCAGAUGCACGCUAGCCCAUCAGAAGAACCUCUGGUUUAG